GACAAGCGAGUUUUUUCUCUUUUUUUUCUCAGUUCCAACAUGGCGCUGUCCUGUGUGCGGAUGUGCCGCGAUGCUCCUCUGCCGCUUCUGCGCGGGACGCGGGGGGUCGUGCGGGUCAGCGCGGGAUUCUUCAGUCCUACAUUAACCAGCACGACACUCAGAGUCUGUUUAGCGAGGCAGUACUCAUCUUCCCAAGCGAGGUACGGCCUCGGCCAAAGCAUCGUGUCAAAGUUAAAAUGGGCGAAUGAAAAGUACGAGAGGUUUCUUCAACGACGCUUCCCUAGAUUCUUCAUCCUCUAUUCUACUUUUAUGAGAGGAUUUCGACUCUUCUUCGAGGAUGCCCGAGAAGUGCAUAGGAUCAGAAUUCGAAUUAUUAAAAACAACAUCAAUCCCCAGAAGCUGCCUUACCGUGAAAUGGAGAAGCUCAGACAGUUCCACAGAGACAUGAUCAAAGCCAUUCCCCUGGUGAUCAUCUCCAUUCCUCCUUUUGCCAACUACCUGGUGUUUCUUUUAAUGUACCUUUAUCCUCGCCAGCUUCUCAUUCGCCAUUUCUGGACGCCGCAGCAGCUCGAGGAGUUCCAGCGAGUGUAUCACGCUCAGAGGACGCAGCAUCACCAGCCGCUGCUCGACGGGUUGAAGACGACGGCGUCUCGCGUCACGCACGGGCAGCUGAAGAGCGGACUUACGGAGCUGUGCGAAAAAGUACAGAGUGGAGUUCAUCCGGUCGUGUCAGAUCUCCACGCAGUGAGAAGUUUAUUCUCAGGCCCUCCGCUGGGGAUCAGAAGGAUGGGACAGGAUCAGAUGAGAAACCUUUGCCCGCUGCUCUUCUUAACGCCCCGUCUCCCGGCGUUCUGGAUUGGCCAGCGAUUGAAUAGCCACGCCCUAGAGCUCAUGCACCUGGAUCGUGCCAUCGUCAAACUGGGACUCCAUCAGCUGAAUGACGUGGAGCUCAAAGAGGCGUGUUACGUCCGAGGGCUGAACGCGGCGCUCCUGAGUCCCGCACAGUGCCGAGACUGGCUGGCGCAGUGGCUGCAGUUCUCAUUGCACCUCAAAGAAUCCGAGACCUCACUGUAUCUGCAUGGGAUGAUGCUCCUGACGGUGAACUACCCACGAACACCACGCAGCUGAUGACAGCCUGUGUUUUCCAGCCACGCUAUCUGUUCAUCAAGUCCACAAAAACCCUCUAAUGAGGGAAACACAGAGGGCGUGAACGCGCAGCGUUAUCAGAGACGUGCCAGGCCUGUAUCAGGGUCUCCCGGUGCAGCACACACACGAGUUACAGCGUUGAGGGAAUAUGAUGGGAAUCUUAAGCUUAGUUUUUGUUUACUUCAUCAGAGUGAUUAGAGGAAUGAGUGGGAACGUUGAUGAAAGCAGCACAAUACACUGAGAUCAAACACAAGCGGGAAGUCGGCCCUCCUCGUCUUUACAUGGAACCGUCGGGUUCAUUCCACAUUUACAUAUAACUUUGAACCUCAGUAACACACAGUCUUGCAUGCAACACUUUCUCAUUCUAUCCUAAACAUACAUCUACAAACGGAUGUAUGCAAUAGGGUUUUAAAAGAAAAAAAAAAACUGUUUACAUUCUAGUUGUGGUUUUUCUGCCAGCGAUGGUUCAACCACCGUGGUGUGGUUUUUAAUUCUGGCUUGUGCUACGCUUUUUCCCUUCGUGAGUUUUUGAAGUCAUCUAGUCAUCAGAUCUGUGAUCUGAUCAAAUUUAUAAUUCGAACAAUAUUUACUGUAUAUUUAUAUUUGCAUGGGUUCCUCAAAACAACCAAAAAAAGCAUAAAUAUCAAGAAAUGUCAUUUAUUUAGAGCUGCAAGUUCUAAAAAAAAUUUUUUAUUAAUGCGAAGUUACAUCAUAGAUUUGCAAGAAAAAUAAAAUAAAUUCUAAUAAAAAAAAAGGGGGGGUGGGGAGUUUCCCUAAAUAUCAGUGCAAUGUUGAUCGAUUCUUAAGGAAGUAGUCUCUUAUUUGUACUUUAUAUGGAUUUACAGUAGAAACAGAGGAAAGAUUGAUUAAGUUACAUAUCAUGGGUCUUUCGUGUGGCAAUUCAAGAAGCAGAUUCUUUGAAGCAGAUUCUUUAAAUUCAAGGCGAAUUUUCGCAACAUUGUGACAAGCAAUGUGCAUGCUUAAUGGAUUAUGCAUUUAUUGUUUGCACUUAAACAAACACGCCUUAAAUGUUAGAUAUCAUUAAACAGACCGAUCGCUCCCCAGGGGUUUAAAAGAAAAAAAAGAAAAGAAAAAAUGAUUUAAUUCAUGUCAGCACGUCAAAGAUAGGUUGACUUCCUAUGAAAAUGUCAGAUGUGGCAACCCCGACAAGAUCAAACGAGAUUAUCACAGCUGAGUGAUUUGACAAAUACGCGAGAAUCGUUUUGAGUAGCCCACCCCCUCCACGUCCCACGGAAUGAGGUCCACGUCCCAGUUUUUAUGAGAACUUUCACAUCUUCAUGCAUUUAUCCAGACAGUUUGAAUCCUUUAGAAAGCAGUUAGAGAAAGACAUUGUGAUAAAGCGUGCAACGUGUCCGGACCCGCCAGAGACAAAGCUCUGAUGUAGACACACUGAUUUGCUCCAUGUUUUAGACCGAGCCUCUAUAAAUGUGCCUUGAUGUUAUAAAGGUAUGAUCUCUACUACAUAGAGAAUAGAACAACCUUUUAAUUCACAUAGUGUGUGUGUGUGUGUGUUUAUUGAAUGUACUAUGUGCAGUAAACCCUUUAAGUAAGGUAAAUAGUUAUUCUAAGGUGAAAUUGUGCUUUGUUCACUUCCUUCCCUUCUCCUGUUCAGCAAAAACCCCUGAGUUCAUAAGGUUAUAAGACUUCAUAAAGUUCAAACGUGUGUGUUAAAGCCAAAUUCACACUGAGACAAGCACCGCAGCAAUGAUGUUAGCAGUUUACACUUGACUAUUAUGUUUUUCUUACUAUCCUUGUUUUUUCCGUAAUAAAUUCAACAUAAUUGACCUUGA